AUGCAGCAGCCCAACUACCCGCCGCGUGGCUACGCCGGCCACGGUCCACCCCAGCAGCAGCAUCCAGCGCCCCGCAGUGCCGGUAGCGGUCACGCACCGCAUCCAGCCGGUUUUGGCGGCACGAUGCCAAUGAACCCGCAGCACGUGCAACAGCUGCCGCCGUCUCCAUCCGCAGGAACAUACUCUGGACCUCGAAGCUUUUCCGGUGUCCAGCAGCCUCUAGCUCCGCACUCGGAUGUUGGACAGCACCCGAAUGUUCUUAAUGCAUUAGGGACUCAGCAACAAGUUGGAGCUCUACCGCCCCAAGGAUCUCAAGCAUCUUAUCGACCAGGGCAACACUUUGGUGUAGCUGGUUCUGGGGGUCCCUCAUCGGCUGGAGCAAACACUGGACUGGUGCGAGGUCCUCCUGGAGGAAUACCAGGUCACAGCGGGUUCCCAGGCCAGAGCCCAUUGGUACAUGGAACAGCUCAAAACACUCUACCAUCUGCAGCAGGAGGACCGGUUUCUUUCCAGUCAGGUGGUCGUCCUGGCCCUGCGCCGCAGUUUGGUGGACAGCAGCAAGGUCUGCAACCAGCGCAGUACAAUGGGCAACAACAGGGACCGCCGCCCCCGCAAUUUAGUGGACAACAACAGGGACUGCCGCCCACGCAGUUUAGUGGACAACAACAGGUACCACCACCCCCGAAGUUUACCGGACAACAGCCGGGUCCACCGCCUCCUCAGGGGGGAGCAGCUCCAUACUUACAGCCAAAUCGCAAUGCUGGACCGUAUCCUGCACCUCCUACUCCUGGUAUUGCUGCUCCACCAUACCGUGCACCGGGAGCCCCAGGAGCGUACGACCAGCCUCAACAAGGAGGGUACGCUCCACAGCAGCAACAUUCGCAGGCUUCUCAGGCCUCGAAGCAGCGUAUCGAUCCGACUCAGAUACCACGACCAAUAGUCUCGCCAGAGCGCGUGCAAUACAUUGCCCGCGGACACACAGUGACUAUGCCGCCCCCGGCGUCGAGUGACUACGUUUGUGUUGACGAAGGGUGCUGUAGCCCACGCUUCAUUCGACCAACGCUUAAUCACGUUCCUACUACGUCAGAGUUGCUGAAACAAUGUGGUUUACCGCUGGCUGCGGUCAUCUGUCCGCUCGCUGAUUUACACGAGGACGAGCUACCGAUCCCGUUGGUGGACUUUGGUCCAAGUGGCCCGCUGCGAUGCACACGUUGUGCUGCUUAUGUAAACUCGUUUACGAAGUUUAUCCAAGGUGGUCGCAAGUUUGUGUGCAACAUCUGUCAGCUGAACAAUGAGACUCCUCGUGACUACUAUUGCAGCGUGGACCAGUACGGCAACCGACGCGAUAAUCAAGAGCGCGCAGAACUGUCGCGUGGCUCAGUGGAAUAUGUCGUGCCUGCCGCCUAUACCAUUCGUCCGCCACAAGAGCCUAUUCUGGUGUUUGUUCUCGACGUAUCACUCUUUUCGUUCCAGACGGGUCUCGCUACCAGCGCAUUGCAAACGAUCCAGUAUUUACUUCCGUCGAUGGCGCAAAACAGGCGCAAGAAAGUGGGCAUUGUCACUUUUGACACGGCUGUGCAUUACUACCGUGUCAACAGCAGCUCGUCCUCUAUCUCAAUGUGCGUUUGCCCGGACAUCGAUGAUCCGGUGGCGCCGCUGCCUCCUAGUAGCUGGCUUGUAUCUAUGGAUGACCCGACCGCUGCGGAUAAGAUUAUGGAGAUAUCUGAUGUCAUCACGCGCUCAUUCGAAAACGCAACAACGAAUCAGGCAGUCUCGGGCUCUGCACUCUGGAGCGUAGCUGACGCGCUGUCGGUAUCAGGUGGCCGAGCAGUGCUACUUCAUGCCGGUGCGCCUCGCAUGGGAAUAGGCAGUGUAAAGCGCGAAGAAGUGGGCGGUGCCUACGGUACCACAAAGGAGGUGGAUUUGUAUACUCCUGAGAAGAACAAUGCGUACGAGGCGUUAGCGCGCAAGUGCGCAGAAAGCCAUAUCUGUGUGGACGUGUUCUCAGUCGCCAACACGUUCGCGUCACUCGCUGAUGUUGGUCGCGUGUGUGAAUUGACUGGUGGUCGUGUCCAAUACAUGCCUCACUUUGAAAAAGAGCAAUCAAGUAAUCAUCAUCAUCUUGCCGGCAUGAUGCAGCGGCUCGUGGAUCGCGACUGCGGCUACGAAGCUGUGCUUAAGGUGCGCUGCAGCGCUGGGCUCCGUGUGGAACAUUCUUAUGGUAAUUUUUUCAAUGCGCGUGGCAAUGCGUUUACCUCGGAUGAGAUGGAGUUUGCUGUGAUUGACCAAGACCGUUCGAUGUGUGUAACUUUCGCGUACGACGAGUCACUGGCUGAGGGCACAGACGCACACAUCCAGGCAGCACUACUGUACACACGGGGCGACGGCUUGCGCUGCGUGCGUGUGCACAACCUCGCGCUGCAGGUGGAGCCGUUGCUGUCUAAUGUGUUCCGCUUUGCUGACCUGGACGCAACUUGCUCUGUGUGGCAACGCUCGGCAGCACGUCAGUUUGUGGACAAGCAACUUAUGCGCACGACGCCGAUGGCCGUGAAGGAGUCAUUUGUGGACCAGUGUGUGACAGUGUUGUUCAACUAUCGCAAGCACUGCGCCUCGUCUUCAUCUUCAGGGCAGCUCAUUUUACCUGAAUCUCUUAAGCUGUUGCCUUUGUACACUCUGGCAACUCUCAAGAGUCGUGCAUUGAGAGGUAACCUUGUGGGUAACCCUCCGCGCGGGUUUAUCGAUGUGCGUGCGGAUGAGCGAGUGAUGAUGAUGGGACUACUUAAUAGUCUACCGGUGGAGUUCUGCGUAUCGGCGGUGUACCCCAAACUAUAUAGCGUACACGAUUUAGCGGAUGAUUGCUGCACAUUGGACGAAGAUGGCAAGUUUAUUCUUCCCCCGCAACUCCCGCCCACAGCAGAGAAGCUGGUCGAAGAGGGCAUAUUCCUGUUGCACUCGGCCAUGUGCUGCUACAUUUACAUCGGUCCGAAGGUCUCUCCUGAUUUGUUGAUCGAACUCUUCGGUGUGGAUCAUGCUGAUACGGCUGAACAGACACUGGAUCUGUUCGAGACUGUGGCUGACGGGCCCUUGGAGGGCAACGGCGAUGGUACGAGUGCUCGUGAGCGACUGCGCUCGCUGGUAGAGUACUUGAACUCGACCAUCCCGAUCUCUCAGCCCUUAGAGAUCUUGAGCAAGAACGACUGGCGAGCUAAUCGCUUCAUGAGCACGCUUGUAGAGGAUCGCACACGCAACGACGUCUCAUACGUUGAGUUUCUGGUCCAAGUGCACAAGAAGAUUCAGUACAAGUUUCACUAG